GUACAAUGGAACAUAAAAUGCUUUUUUUUUGUUAAGAAUCCCUUCAAAUCCUCAAUCACAUACUCCCAUGAAUGGUAAUAAGUUUGGGCCUCCAUCCUUAUCACUAAUAUGUCAAGAUCACUAAUCUAAUUUAUCACUAAUAUUGCCCUCCCAUGAAUGGUAAUUAACUUUGGGCCUCCAUCCUUCACACGAUCAAAAUGACUCUCCCACACAAGAAUUGUGAGGAUCCAAAUUAUAUACUCCCUCCGUUUUUAAAAACACUUUCUCUUUCAUUUUUUUCACUUUCAACAAAACACUUCCAUUUUCUAUUAAAAAAUCACUUUUACCCUUACUUUUUCAUACCCUACCUAUCACAUCAUACUUUUUCUCUAAUAACCUAUCCAUCACAUCUUACUUUUACCCAUCACAUCAGGGGCAAAAUUGGAAGUCAACUAUAAUUUUACACUUCCUUAUUUUAGCUCCAAGUCAAAAUAGGAACCUUUUUUUGCAGACGGAGGGAGUAUAUUCCUGUAUGUUUCUGCAUGUCUCGUUCCUUGAACAACCUUUCUUCCAAAAGAACGAAAAUUAAUUGGCCGCAACGAUCAAGCUCAGAUCCUAAUCAAUCAAAACAUUAGACUAAGAAAACAACAAAUGAUCAUAUGUUUGAAUCAGAUCCAAAACAUUAAACUAAGAAAAUAACUAAUGAUCAUAUGUUUUAAUCAGAUCCAUCUUUCAGUCCAUCAAGCUAAGGACUGUGCCAAACAACAAAUUGAAUUAUAAAUUUUCCAGAAAACGUAAAGAUUCUCUCGAAAAAAAAUAGUGCUCUAAAACACACAAAUUCAAUAACUAGGAAAAAAAACUCAGUGUACAUAAUUGGAAAAAAAACCAUCAAAUUCCCAAAUUAGAUCCGCUGAGAAAAGAAUCAGAUAAAAUUCAUUGGGAAAAACUUAAAAGUAUUUUUCCACCUCCGUAUUUCUACGAACAAUUUCAACAUACAGAUCAUAUUAAUUCCGUGAACAAUUUCAACAGAUCACAUGAAUUUCACGGACCCACUCAACAGAUCAUGUUAUUUUCAUGAAGAUCUUGAACCAGUUAACAGCAGAAAAUUAAACACAAAAAAAAAAGGAAAAAUCAAAACAAAAUUGAAAAUUUUUAAAAAACCAAUCAACCAUAAAGAUUUAAGAGAGAGAGAGAGAGAGAGAGAGAGAGAGAGAGUGGUGGGAUGACAGAUAGAGAGUGAGCACACAUAGUUUCAAGCAUGGAAAUCAUCAUGCAAGAAAAACACCAUUUGUGCUCACUCUCUUCUGUCAUCUCCUCCCCUUAUUACCCCCAUCCUUUCCUUUUAAUUUCUUUCUGAAUGAAUUGAAUCAUUCUUCUUGAUCUCAAACAUAUCUCCAGCACCGAUCAAACUAUACUUAAAAGAAGUAAAAAAAAAUAUGGGUUUUAUUUGUUUAUUUAUUUGGAACAGAGGAAGGGAAAGGGUAUCAUAUUGUAGGAGCCCUAGGUUUUUGAUGGAAAAGAGAAGAUAAAAGGAGACAAGAUAAAAAGUGGUGCGAACUGUUGCAUUGGGGAAGGAGAAGGCUAGUCGUCGUCGUAGUAAUAAUAGUAAAGGUGUUGCUUUUCUAUUUAAGAAUGAAGGACGGGUGGCCCUUUAUAUAGUGCUGUAACAAAUUAGGGAUACGCAGCGGCGGAUUUAAACGAGACAAGUGGGUGGGUGAAUUUCCAUGGAUUCCGAACAUCUGCGCUACCUUUCUGUAAUUGGAGAGACUGUGGAUGAAUUCGACCCUGAGGAGGCCAUCGAGGAUGAAAAAACCUUCUCCGCAUCUGGCGAUUUGGUGAUUGAGCAACUUCAUCCUUUUGAAGAAGGUAUUUCGAAGGUGGCGGAGGUUGUCCUUGAUUCAGAGGAAGAGGAUGAGCCCACUGAGCCUUUGAGAGCUCCAGUGUCAAGCUUUGUGUGCGGCCGGAAUGUGUCUGAGCAUGUUAUGAUGUGCUCAAGGGAAGAAGGAGCCGGCGUAGAAAGAAAGAAUUUGAGUGGCAACGAUGGUGGUUGCGGAGGCGGCGAGGGAUCGACGGCAGUGGCGGUGAAUCUUGGUGGCAACAAUAGUGGCGUUGACUCCGCGGCGGCGUGGUAGCUGAGCAGGCAGAGGGAAUUGAAAGAAAGGAGAUCGAAGAAGAGAGGCAGUGGCUAAGGAGAAAAAAGGGCUGGGCAGUGGGGGACUUACGGACAGAGCAGAGAAAAAAAACAGAAUAGAGAGAGGAAAGGUGCUGGUGCAGAAUUUACAGACCAGCCGCACAAAUUCAAUCAUCGCCGGAGAUCCAACCGUUGGAUUGAGCUGAAAUUUUCAGAGGUUGUGCCCAACACUUAGGGCUUCAAUCUGUUCAAGUUUCACAUUAAUCGGAUCUACGGAUCUUCUGUAAUCGCAGCUGGUGCGGCGCUGCGCUUUUGGGGUGAUAAUCCUGAUUUUCCUUCUCUAUUGUUGAUGCCUCUUAUGUAUGUUGUUGUUGGUGGGCUGUGACAUCCUUGUANGGGUGUUUUUACCCUCAAUUUGCAUAAUAAGAGAAGAAGAGGGCGGACUCCCUAUAAGUCCCGUGGUUUUUAUCCUUCACAUCGAAGGGGUUUUCCACGUAUAAAAAUCGUGUGUCGUUUGCAUCUUUAUUCUUCAUAUUUGAUUGUGGUUUAUUUGAUGUGCUGCUGAUUUUGUGUGCUUGGUUAAUCAAUUGUGGUAAAUUGGGUCAAGUGUUUGGUUGGUUGUCUUGAAGUUGAUCCUUGUAGGUGUCGUAU